ACGAUCAUUACAUCAUUAUAAUGCGACGAAUCGAGGAAGGGCAGAUGUGAAUGUGCAUGCUGAUGACUCGAAUUAUAACUGCAAAGCUGUUUUAUUCGCGAACAAGAUAAUAAAUAAACAGUCUCUGUUUACAUCCUAACGUUAUCUAAAUAGUGUAUAUUUGGAGCAGCUAGUCGCAGUACACAGCGAAAGCGCACAAGAAAAACACAUUUGAAGAUGUCUGUAACGGAGAUGUUUAGCUACAUCCAAGGCUUUCUGAGUGCAGAUCAAGAUAUUCGAGAGGACAUAAGAAAAGUUGUCCAAGUUCUGGAGCAGACGGCGAGAGAGAUCCUCACUGUUCUUCAAAGCGUCCAUCAACCAACUGGUUUCAAAGACAUUCCCAGCAAGUGUUUAAAGGCCAGAGAGCUGUUCUGCACUGUGAGAAAUCACACUGGAGAGCUAAAAACUAAGUUCCCUGUGGAACAGUACUAUCGGUAUCAUGAACACUGGAGAUUUGUUCUUCAACGACUUGCCUUCCUUGCAGCUUUUGUGGUAUACCUGGAAAGCGAGUCCUUGGUUACACGUGAGGAAGUGGCAAAAAUACUUGCCAUUGAAGUCGACAGAGAAAAGGGGUUUCAUUUGGAUGUGGAAGACUAUCUAGCAGGAGUCCUUAUUUUAGCCAGUGAGCUGUCCAGGCUGGCAGUGAACAGCGUGACCGCAGGGGACUAUGGACGUCCGCUUAGGAUCUCAAACUUUAUCAAUGAACUUGACUCUGGCUUUCGCUUGCUCAACUUAAAAAACGACCCUCUUCGCAAGCGCUAUGACGGCCUCAAGUACGAUGUGAAAAAGAUCGAAGAGGUGGUGUACGACCUUUCCAUCCGAGGCCUUGCCAAGGAGCAGGAGACUGGAGGAGAUAAGUAGAGCCAGCGUGGGAACGCAAGAGGCCGCGGGGCACUAACCUGGCUUGGAUUCUCCACGACUGGAAGAGUGGUUAAACUUGUCAGUGUGCAGAUGGUCAGAGGAGGAGGAGGAGGAAAGGGAUUGGAGGUUUUGAAGCCCUUACCAGGACAGAGAUCAGUUCAGGUUUAAGUGGGGAGAUCUUCUCUUUCUCACUUCUGUUGAGAGAUGUUUAUGUACAGAUGCAUUUGUUUGUCUGUUAUUUUUGAUUGGAUGUUUUUUUACUAGUAUUGAUUGCUUUUGUCUUGGCCAUCUCUCUUGUGAAUCAUUGUACAGUCAAACAAGAACAAGAAAGAAGAAAACAUUUUUUGCGGGGAGAUAUUUAAGAAUUAACACUGAAAUAUUGAUGAAGAGAAGGAAACGAUGCUGUUAGAAACAGAAGUUCUGUGCCUGUUUUGUUGCUUUCUGACCAGUAAAGACAUCAAGACAUUUUCUUGAUGUUGACCUACACAAAUAUUACAUAUGACAUACACUGAUUUAUUAGAUUGGGUUUUCUACACACAUGGCACUUUUCUUGAAUGUAACUUUGACUAAAUCACAUGUUUAUGGUAUCUUGCUAAGGUGUACAUGAAGAUAGUUGAUAAACCUGUGCCAAAAAUGUUUAGUUUCAUACUGUAAAGACAUCUUCAGUCUGUAUAUCAUCUGAGCUUCUUAAAGCACCAGUUUGCCUUUUGGUGCCAUAUUUACACUUUCAUGUAUUUCUCUCUUUAAAAAAAUGGUUCAUCCAAAAAUAAAACUAAUGUCGUCAUCUACGCACCCUCUUGUCGCUCCAAACCUGUUUGACUGACUUCUGCAAAACACAGAAGAUAAUUUUGAAUAUUUCUUUGUCCAUGCAAAGUCAAAAGGGUCCAAGUGUUGUUUUGGCCCCACUGACUUUUAUUAUAUUGACAAAAACAGUGGAAACAUUUUUCAAAAUAUCUUCUAUUGUGAUGCACAGAAGGAAGUCAUACAGGUUUGGACCGGCAUGAGGAUGAGUAAAUGAUGACAGAAUUUUCAUUUUUGGAUCAGUAUGUUCAAAGUGAUUUCUUGCUGUACAUUUUUGACCACUUAUCACUUUUACUUUUCAGUUUAUAUGUUCCUUUCCUUUUGUUCUGGAUGUUGUUGCAUGCUGAACUCCACCUGCAGAUUGUGUCAUAUCAGGAAGAGCUUUGGGAAAAAUAACACUAAAACCUUCCAAGCAAAUGUUUCAAAGAGCAAACUGACAGUGUGUUUGUUUUCCUUUGUAAAGAUUUAUGGGAAUUUUUAUGUUCCUACCUAUUUUGCUUGUGGAUUCUCUGUGUUUACUUUUUUUUUUUAUUGCUCUUCUAGUUGUGUUUUUGUGGGUGCAUGUUUUUUGGGGGGGCUUUACUUCAAAUGGUUCCUAGUAAUUAUCAGCAAUAAUGGUUUGUAUUCUUUGUUUAUUCCCAAAGAUAGAUUUCUAUCUGACAGUAUUUGCAUUUGAAAUGCCUGUUCAUGUGGUCGUUCAAUCGUUCAUUUGCUUGUUCAAUAAUAUUGUGUAAUAAAGAUCGCCAUUGGGAAUAAUGUUCUCAGAAAACAUGGA